CAGGUCAUGGAGGAAAAGGAGCGGGAUCAAUUCUUCAAGCAAUUGCUGGACCAUCAUCCAGAGAUCGACACCACGAAAGGCCCACUAGCGGGACUUCUGGUGCUCUACAAGAUGAGAGAAUCGCGGCUCAAGCAGCAUGCGCGGAGGGUCUCUGAGGUGCCCAUCUUGGCAUCAGGCUACCAGGAAGGUGUCCGAGCCUGCGAUCUGGUCGAGGAACUUGGACAUCAUGGUGGCUCAAGUAGUGUCCAGGCGAUCAGGGAAACUCUGGAUUUGGAGUUUCCUCACUUGGACAAGCGAGGAGUUGCUGAAAUCAUUGCCGUGGCCCUGCACUUUACUUCGGACGGUCCGAAGGUGGAGAAGGUGGAUCCCCACGCAGGGUUAGUGGCCCAUUUGGCCACAGCCACAGCGCGCUACAAAGAGGGCGUGAACCAGUGGAACAGUCCAGAGCUGACGCAGCAGAUUUGGCAGCCGCAGACCACACCUCCCACGGAGGCUCUCUCC